AUGUUAAGAGUCAGUGAGAAAAUCUUGUUGGUUCUGGUAGUUGGUGAGUUCCUAAUGGGACUUCUUGUGAAUGCCUUCACAGCAGUAGUGAACUGUAUUAACUGGAUCAAAUAUAAGAAAUUAUCGACGGUGGACCUCAUCCUCCUCAACUUGGCCAUCUCCAGAAUCUUUCUACUCUGUUUAACAUCACUGAUCAUCUUUGAACAGUUAUUAUUUUCACAUGACUUAGUGGUAGGUGAAAUGAUCCUUAUUCGUAUCUUGUGGCUAUUUAGCCACUUCUCAAGUGUUUGGUUUGCUUCUUGCCUCAGCAUCUUCUACUUCCUUAAGAUUGCUAACUUCUCCCACUCCAUCUUCCUCUGGCUGAAAUGGAGAAUCAGUAGGGUGGUCUUCAUAUUGCAUGGAGGACAUUUUCUCAUUGCCUUACCUAUUUUAUCUGUAUUCUUUUGGGAAUGGUAUGUUAACUAUCAGAAUCUGUUCUUUCUUGGAAGCAAGAGAAAUUUAUCCCAAGAAGACUCAAGGAGUGAAAAUCGAUUACUCAUUUUCCAGAUUUCCUUUAACCUAAUGAGUCUUCUUCCCUUUGCUUUGUCUCUGAUCUCCUGUUUCCUGCUAGUCCUGUCACUAUGGAGGCACAAUCAGCAGAUGCAACUCAAUACCACAGGAUCCAGAGAUCCCAGUAUGGAGGCCCAUAUUCAAGCCAUGAAAAUCAUGUUCUCUUUCCUCAUCCUUUUUUUUCUAUACUAUAUAGGCAUCUUCACUGGUCAAUCAAGUCAAAGGAUGAAAGAGAAAAGUGUGGCUGCUUUAUUUAGUUUGGCUAUUAUGGGUCUGUAUCCUUUAGGCCAUUCAUUGAUCCUGAUUAUGGGGAACAGCAAACUGAGACAAACCAUCCUGAAGAUGUUAAAAAAGAUGAAGGGAUACCUGAAAGGAAGAACUGAAAUACUUCCUUGGUCCUGUAAACACACUUCAGGAUGA